AUGGACGAUUCAGUAGCCACGCCGAGCUCGUUGAAGCAAGAGGGAGCCGAAUCUAUUAGCCAGACCCAACCUACGAUCAAUCCUUCCAUACCUGAAGAUACUGCUACUACCAACGACCUCGUCCCAUCUACUGAAGCAUCCGAGUUCCCUCCCCCUCUUCCAGCGCAAGAUGAAGCUAUCCAACCAAUAGUACCAGCAGUCUCUGCUAAUCCACUUGAUGCGCCUCCAUCUCCUCCACCCCAAGAUGAACCAGAAGGAGAGCCGGAGGAUGCGGAAAUGGGCGGCAUAGAAGAAGAUACAAAGCUCGAAGGGGAAAGUCCAGAGAAAGAUGCACGUGAAUCGCAAGAUGCUCUGGCGCCUGUCGCAUCUGAGGGACAGCCUGCUCAAUCCAAAUCAUCAUUAGAAGCCACAGCACGUUCUCACCUCGUUGCGCAGACCCACUCCAUCAUCUUGCCAAGCUACAGCACUUGGUUCGAUAUGCACCAAAUACACAACCUGGAGAAGAAAUCGUUACCUGAAUUCUUCAAUCACCGUAAUCGCAGCAAGACACCAGCUGUGUACAAGGACUACCGAGAUUUCAUGAUCAAUACCUAUAGAUUGAAUCCGGUGGAAUAUCUUACAGUCACAGCAUGCAGACGAAAUCUUGCUGGUGAUGUUUGCGCCAUCAUGAGAGUUCACGCGUUCCUUGAGCAAUGGGGCUUGAUCAACUACCAAGUUGAUCCUCAAACACGUCCAUCAAACAUCGGUCCUCCAUUCACAGGCCAUUUCCGUAUCACAGCAGACACACCUCGAGGGCUUCAGCCUUUCCAGCCAGGUCCAAACGCCUUUCAAACACCAGGGAAACCACACUCAUCUACCGAACGAGCAGCGUCCGCCACACCUGCCUCAAAAGCAGAUCUCCAUCUCGAAAUUCGACGGAACAUUUUUGACGACAAAGGAAAAGCGAUCACGCCAGCUGACGAGAAGGACAAGCAGGCUGAUGGUGAAGGAGCUACCACGAACGGUGCUGGGUUGGGCGAUUCGGCAGUCAAGGCAAUGGACGAAGCGGCAAAAGAACCCAAAAAGACCUUUAACUGCUACUCUUGUGGGAUCGACUGCACUCACCUACGAUUUCACUAUGCCAAGGCAGAUCCUACGAGCACAAAUCAGCAGGAGGUGAAGUACGACUUAUGCCCCAAUUGUUUUGUCCAAGGGAGAAUGCCAAGCACACACCGAGGGUCAGACUUUGUCAAACUCGAAGAGCCAGAAUAUACAACGAUACCUGACAAAGACGCGCCUUGGACUGAUUCCGAAACAUUGCUGCUGCUGGAAGGUCUAGAAAAUUUUGACGAUGACUGGACAUCCAUUGCAAACCACGUAGGCACCAGAACGAGAGAAGAGUGUGUCAUGAAAUUUCUACAGCUAGAGAUUCAAGACCAGUACCUCGACGACGAGCCCAGUCAGACUUCUCUCCGCGGGCUGAACGGACGACAACCAAUAACCCAGCUCGAAAACCCCAUCAUGACCGCCGUUGCUUUCAUGGCUCAAAUGGCUGAUCCAACGGUAGUAGCCGCCGCCGCAGGCCGAUCUGUCGAAGCAAUGCGAAAAGACCUGCGUGAAACCCUAGAGAAAGGCAUGGGAGGCAUGUCCCUAGACAAGGACAAAAGGAAUUUCAAACCGUCUAACGGUGACGUCAAACACGAAGACUCCAUGGAUGUUGACGCCACAAACACCUCUCUACAAGCAGCACCGAUCAGCGAAACAAACACCAACGGUAACACUGCCUCGAACCCCUUACCAACAACAACAACCCCAGCAGCGACAGCUUCCACAAUCGGCCUAUCCCUCUCCGCCGCCCGGUCCUCCGCCCUAGCCUCCCAUACCGAGCGCGAAAUGACGCGCCUUGUUUCCGCCGCGGUGAAUCUAACCCUCCAAAAAUUUGAGCUCAAGCUCCGCCAAUUCAGCGAGAUGGAACAAAUCGUCCAAGCGGAACGAAGAGAUCUGGAGAAGGCGAGACAACAGCUAUUUCUCGACCGGCUCAGUUUCAGGAAGCGGGUCAGGGAUGUGGAGGAAGCAUUUCGGGGCGCGAGGGAGAAGGGGGCUACGGAGGAGGGAUGGAGAGCGGUCAUGGAGGCAGUGGGCUUGGCCGGUGACACUGGAGGGGCGAAGCGGUUUGCGUUUGAAGCGAGUGCUGCUGAGGAAGUGCAGCCGCUGAGUGUGGAGGGUGGUGCGGCGGAUUACAAGACGCUAGAGCUGUGA